UACUCUCGCUGUUUGUUUGGAGUUAGUAAUGACGACGAUCUCAACGCACAAUUAGAUUCCUCUCCCUGAAUUCUCUCUCUCUCUCUCCAAACUAGAAGGCGCGCCAAAAGAAAGGUGGAAAGACAAAGGUCUAGGGUUUCUGACAGGAUUAGACUUAGUGUUUAUGUAUGGUUUUGUAAGGUGUUCUGUAUUUAUGAAUCCAACCAUUGGCAUGUGGUUUACAGACGCGUCAUGGGUGUUUGGUCGUGCAAGUUAUAUCUAUUCAUUGGGCCAUGCUGCUAUUGAAUUUCAAUGAGAAGUUUUAUGAAGGAGUUGGAAGCAUGCAAUCAAAGUCGAAAAGUGCAACUCGAAUAGAAGUUAACCCAUAUAACAUUUCACCAUCAGCAGCAUGUUUAGAAUCUUGGUGGCGCAGUAUGGUCUCUAAUUCCAUUCCCCCUGCUGUGAUAGGGGGAAACAGCUCUAAUUCUUCUUCAUUGGAACAAUCUAAAGAUUCUCAAUCACUAUCUGAUGGUGGCUUGGAUGAGGAGGAUGAUGAUACUAUUGGAGAAUCACCAAUUGCUACUUCUUCUCAUUCAGAUGGAAAUUAUGGACAAGAUCAACAGAAUUUCCAGCAUCAAAUAUCAGCUGUGCCUACCCAGAGCAAUGAAAUCCCAUUGCUGCCUCCACAUCUUGAACUUGUUGGACGCUCAAUUGGCUGUCCUGCAAAUCCAUAUCAGCAUCCAUAUUAUGGGGGAAUGAUGGCAGCUUAUGGUCCUCAGCCUCUGCUUCUUCCUCAUUAUGUUGAGAUACCACAUGCCAGAAUGCCUUUGCCCCUUGAUGUAGCGCAAGAGCCUGUUUAUGUUAAUGCAAAACAAUACCAUGGGAUUCUGAGGCGAAGGCAAUCACGUGCCAAAGCGGAGCUUGAGAAGAAAUUGAUAAAAUUCCGAAAGCCAUAUCUUCAUGAAUCCCGCCACCAGCAUGCUUUGAGAAGGGAAAGGGGAAGAGGAGGUCGUUUCAAGAAGAAGUCCGAUGCUGAGGCCUCAAAGCCCCCAGGUGAAGAAACCGGGAAUGUUUCAGGUUCUGCCAUCCCACUACCCGACCCUGCCAAUUCACCUGGCUCUGGAACUUUGCCAUUUGAGGCUGUUGAAACCCAGAACAAUCAUGUGGAAGCAGAAGGACCUGAAGUGCACAAGACUGGUGAACUGCAAGGAUACAGCAACAGUGGUGGGCCUUACCUGUACCGUGGCGGCUUCCAGGCAUAUAGUGGAAAUCCAACCCGAGGAGGCGAGGGAGGCUCUUCUUCUCAGCACUGGAAUGGCAUCCAGCCCAACCCCCCUUCUUCGCAAAGGGGUCUUGCUAUCCAAUGAAGCUGCCGCCUAGGAUGCUGGGAAGGAUGGAUGGCGUGGAAUCAUUUGGCAAAUCAUUCUUGGCUAUAUUAAGCUGGGUGCCAAAUCUUCUGUACAAAGUUUGAGUGAGCCGGUUGGUGCAGAGUUGGAACUUCGAAGGAAUAUAAUCUGUGUAGUGGUGGUGAAAACCUAAAUGCUGCUAUAACUAGUGAGACUUGGUGUGUAAGUUUUGACGGGAGGCUAGUUUUAUCUGGUAUUGUAUGGGUAUUUCGCAUGUGUCUCUCUACCUUUAAAUAAGGGUAAAGUUUGAAUAUUAGAUAUCAAUGCGUGGCCUGACCAUGGGGUUGUUUCUACCAUCACCACCAUUAGCCAACCCAUCAGAUGUAGUCGCUGUCUUUAUGAUUUGUUCUUGUGCCUUCUUUUUUUUUUCCUUAAAAUUCAGCAAAGCUCGUGCAACAAAUAAGUGAGAGAAUAUUCAUUGUAACUAGAUGACAUCACAUUUCUCGUAAUUCAAUCACAUGUGGCCCCAUAAGAUUGUAAAUGAGGAGCGGUUUGACAUUUGGUUCAUGUUA